CUCAACGACGGAGUGCGCGUCCUCCUGAGCCUCACCCCUGGUUUAAACGGCUACCUCGGCGUCUGUCACGGCGGGAUCGUGGCCGCCAUUCCUGACGAGGCCCUGAGUCUGCUGGUGCACGUCUGUCGACAGUUGCAGGGUCUGCGGCCAGACAACGUCACGGACGACCUGCAGGGCCGUGCUGUUGGUCAAGGCCAAGAUCCGAAAUAUCAGGGGCCGAAAGUACUAUGCCGACGGCUAG